AUGACCCCACUAUCUGCCUCCAUACCCAAGCCCAUGACCCCACUGUCUGCCUCCAUACCGAAGCUCAUGACCCCACUGUCUGCCUCCAUACCCAAGCCCAUGACCCCACUAUCUGCCUCCAUACCCAAGCCCAUGACCCCUCUGUCUGCCUCCAUACCCAAGCCCAUGACCCCUCUGUCUGCCUCCAUACCCAAGCCCAUGACCCCUCUGUCUGCCUCCAUACCCAAGCCCAUGACCCCUCUGUCUGCCUCCAUACCCAAGCCCAUGACCCCUCUGUCUGCCUCCAUACCCAAGCCCAUGACCCCACUAUCUGCCUCCAUACCCAAGCCCAUGACCCCUCUGUCUGCCUCCAUACCCAAGCCCAUGACCCCUCUGUCUGCCUCCAUACCCAAGCCCAUGACCCCACUAUCUGCCUCCAUACCCAAGCCCAUGACCCCUCUGUCUGCCUCCAUACCCAAGCCCAUGACCCCACUGUCUGCCUCCAUACCCAAGCCCAUGACCCCACUAUCUGCCUCCAUACCCAAGCCCAUGACCCCACUAUCUGCCUCCAUACCCAAGCCCAUGACCCCACUGUCUGCCUCCAUACCGAAGCUCAUGACCCCACUGUCUGCCUCCAUACCCAAGCCCAUGACCCCACUAUCUGCCUCCAUACCCAAGCCCAUGACCCUCUGUCUGCCUCCAUACCCAAGCCCAUGA